ACCCCGGUCCACCCCCCUGACCCUUGUACAUACUAGCCAUGGCCACUGCUCAGCCCAAUCUCGAUCACAUCCAGCAGUGUCUGGCCGAAGUCACUGCCGCCGUCGACCAGUAUCGCGCCGCAGCCUCCUCCCACACUGGCCAAGAUGCGCGAUAUCAGUUGACGGUCCAAGCAACCCGGCUGGUGCGCGCCAUCCGGGGCCCCGCCGACCUGGUGUUUGCCAAUUUUGAAAACAUGGUGAAAAUGGGGGCUAUCCGCACACUAUUGGAGGCCGGAGUAUUCGACGCCAUCCCGACCGGGGGCCAGAGCAUCUCGGCUGCCGAGAUCACGGCCAAAACCGGUGUGGAUAAGGAGAUCAUCGUGCGCCUCAUGCGGGCCCUCACCCCCGUGGGACCCUUCCGCGAGACGGGCGAGGAGCAGUAUGCCCACACCCCCGAGUCGGAGGUCCUUCUGGCUCCUCAAAUGCGGGCGGUUUUUGGUCUAAUGAUCGACGAGUACUCGCCCGCCAUGCUGCGGACCCAUGAGUUCCUGCAGCAACAGCAGUGGCAGCAUCGGAUUGGGCUGCGGAGCAACCCCUACACGCUGGUGCAUGGCUGCGAUGGCCAGACCAUGUUCGAGCAUAUCUCUCAGCGUCCAGCGCGGGCCACCCGGCUGAACGACGCCAUGGUGGCCGAGGACAGCCUUUUGGCCGAGAUUGGGCUGUAUCCCUUCGUGAAGACCCUGGGCCCUCUGGCGCAGCCCGACGGGGUGACCGUGGUGGAUGUCGGUGGGGGCCGGGGGCAUAUCCUGCGUCAGCUUAAGGAGAACAUGCCGAGCCUCCCCGGCAGGUUCAUCCUGCAAGAUCGUGACAUGGUGAUUGCGGAUAAUGGAUCCGACAUGGAGGCUCAUGGCAUCGAGCCCAUGGCCCAUGACUUUUUCGAACCCCAACCGGUCAAGGGAGCCCUAGUAUACUUUGUUCGGCGGGUCCUGCACGACUGGCCUGAUGAGGAGGUGCGGCAGAUCCUGGCCCAUCUGGCAGCUGCUAUGGACCGGGAGAAAUCGCGCAUCCUCAUCACCGAGACCAUCAUUCCCGAGGUGGGCGCCACAACGACCAAUGCCUAUAUGGAUCUCACUAUGAUGACCUUUGGCGGUAGGGAGCGAACGGUCAAGGACUUUGCCCAUUUGUUUGAUUUGGCGGGUCUGAAACUGGCCAAUGUGUAUCAGGCACCAGGGGUGCCCAUGGUGGUGGUGGAGGCUCAUUUAAAAUAAAUCGGGUGUAGUCCGAGUUGAUUAGUUCGACACCUCUUCCCUCAGGUGCUUGACUG